CUGAUUCCCUGCAUUACAGCACUUCAGAGACUAAUCCGUGUCUUGCACCAAAAACAAUGUUUUGAAUAUGUCCCAGUCCAGGACUUUUCAUUCUGUUUUCAAAAUGUAAUGGUCCAUUCCAAUGUCAGAAACAUCAACUCACAGGAACAGCUUGACCCAUGGGCCAGUGAGCGAGAGGCAUUGCACAGUUUUGGACAGAUGAGUCAAAGCAUUUUUACGGGAAGCGGGACGCUAUUGCAACACAAAGUGGACUUUUUAUAUGCCUAAGCUUUUUCUCCAGAGUCAUCAUGGAGACUCACCAUCCAAUAACCAUGUUCCUGGUGAUGAUUCUCAUGAGCGUUUUCUCACACACUCAAUGUGUGCAGCAGGUCCAUUGCCAAUGGGGGCCCUAUGGGGAAUGGUCUGAAUGUGACGGCUGCACCAAAACACAGAGUCGGACGCGUUCCAUCCUGACCUUUGCCCAGUUUGGGGGAGGUGCAUGUACUGGACUGGCCAGUCAGACUCAACCGUGUGUCCCCACUAAAAAGUGCCCCACAGAAACAGGCUGUGGAGAUUGGUUCCGCUGCACCUCAGGUAAAUGUAUAAACCCUUCUCUGAUGUGCAAUGGGGAUCAUGACUGUGAGGAGGACAGUCUCGAUGAACAGCGCUGUGAUGCAGCCUCCAGCAACACAGUGUGUGACGAACAGAAGACCCCUCCAAACUCUGAGCACACUGGUCUAGGGUUUGAUGCUUUGACAGAGAAGCUAAGGGGCCCAGUCAUCAACACUAAGAGCUUCGGUGGCCAGUGCAGGAAAGUGUUCAGUGGCGACCACAAGUCCUUCUACCGUCUCCCACACAGUAUCCUCGGGUACACCUUUCAGGUGGGGGUUGAGAAUGACUUCACUGAUGAGGUCUAUGACAGCUCAUGGUCCUACAUGAAACAUGUUGAGAAAAGGCACCAGCUGAACGGAGGACACGACCAUUACACAUCUGACUACUCCUUUAAGAAAGACCAGUCAUACCACCUGUUGAUCAUCCGUAACGAGGUGGAGGUUGCCCAGUUCCAGAACAGUGUUCCGCAGUACCUUCCCUUGUCUGAGGAGUUCUGGAGGGCCCUUACCAGGCUGCCGGUCGCCUACGAGCCCUCGGCCUACCGAGCCCUGGUGGAGCGGUUUGGGACACACUUCAUGUCUGAGGGCUCCCUGGGCGGACAGUUUGAGUUCCUGAUGGAACUCGAGUCGAACUCUUUUCAGGAGCUGAGCUCUUCAGAAAAAGACUUUCACCAAUGCAUAACAACGGUCAAACGGAGAUGGUUUCGGAAAAAGAAGACAACAAAAUGCAACAAAAUAUAUAAUCGCUUCAGGGACUUCAAAAGGGGUUCAUCCUCUAGGUCUCCAAUCCAGGCCAACACCCUUGGAGGAAACCUGGGCUACGCUGAGGGUCUCAAACAGUUGAACGUGGAUAACCCAGAGGCCAACCAGGCCAUGUUCAGUAAAUGGGCAGGCUCAGUGAAAGACCUACCUGUGGUCAUCAAGCAAAAGCUGAGGCCUCUCUAUGAGCUGGUGAAAGACGUGCAGUGUGCUGGCGUGAAGAAGCUUCACCUGAAGAGGGCGCUAGAGGAGUACAUGGACGAGAGGCACCCGUGCCACUGUCGGCCCUGCUCCAACAACGGGCUGCCCGCCAUCUCAGGCUCCCGCUGCACCUGCAUGUGCAAGCCGGGCACCUCCGGGCAGGCCUGCGAGCACGGCUCCGUCAUUGGUGAGCAGCAAGGUGUCAUUGAUGGGAGCUGGUCUUGCUGGUCCUCUUGGUCCUCUUGUUCUGGAGGUCAGAGGUCAAGGAGUCGUUCCUGUAAUAAUCCCUCUCCGAGGUCAGGAGGAUCACACUGCAUAGGAGAGGCCACUGAGCGGCAGCCCUGUGAGGAGCCAGACAUGGACUACCUGCGGGCGAUGGAGCCACACUGUUUCGACCCCUCUGUCAUGCCUGUAAGGGCCUGCAAGACCCCACCUGCUCUACAAAACGGCUUUGUGCUGAGCCCCAAAGAUGUGUAUGCAGUGGGAACUAAGGUGGAGUACUCCUGCAUUGAUGGCUAUUACCUCCAAGGCCAGAAGAUUGUUGAGUGCACAGACAGCCUCACGUGGAGGAGAGGAGAGAUGGAGUGCAAAAAGACGUCCUGUGACGCUCCUCCACUUCAAUAUGCUGUGAUUGGCUCUCCAAUGAAAUCCACCUAUCAGAUCGGAGAUCAGGUGUUCCUGAGUUGUCCAAUAGGGAUGCAGAGAUCUGGGGAUGCUGAGGUGUCCUGCAGCUCCAGUCUCCUGUGGUCUCCUCCACCAGAGAACGUGGAGUGCCUGCCAGUCCCCGUGGCCACAGUCCCUCCAGCAUUGAGGUGUAAAGCGUGGGAGAAGCCUGGCAAGGAGCAGUGUGUGUGUAAACUGCCCUACGAAUGCGAGGCCUCCUUUCCCAUCUGUGCAUCUCUACGGGCGGACAGGGUGAGCCAGCUGGGCCUGUGCCAACUGGGUGCCCUGCAGUGCCUGGGCAAGAGCUUCAGCCUGCUCAAUGACAGCUCCUGCCAGUGGCCCACACGGCCCCCCUUCACCUCCUGUCAAGACUGCCCACCCUGGGAGAAGUGCCAGGGACUGGCGUGCGUGUGCAGGGAACCCGAGGAGUGUCCAGUAGAUGCCAAUCAGCUGUGCGUGUCUCUGGGGGAUGGCGGCGCCCCCAUCCUGAUGUCGGAGUGCGAGAUGGGUGCCCUGCGGUGCCAGGGGGAAGCCUUCACCCUAAUCAGCAUCGGACCCUGCCCCUCUUGAAGACACCAGCAGGAAAUGCACAGUACAUUUUGCAGUGUUAAUUCAACGCUUACGGAGUCUGGUCCUUCACUAUAGCUGUUUCCCAAUGUCCAGUGUUCUAGCCUUGCUUGGACGUGAAAUGCCGAGUGAUUGUUAGUGGUGUGGAUCGGCACUGCCCUCACGAUCCGAUUCGAUCACGAUUCGGGAGGUAGCGAUUCGAUUCGAUUCGAUUCGAUUCGAUUCGAUUCUAUGCGAUCCGAUCCGAUCCGAUUCAAUUCUACAAUGCAUUGCAAUGCAUUACAUUUCUACUGAAAGCAAAGCAAAUGUUUAAUCAGUCAUGAUGAGGCAA